AUGAAAUUUUCUGUCGCAAUAUUAUUAGCUGUUUUGGCCGGUUGUCAGGCUCUCAGUGUUCAACCAAGAGCCGACCAGGACCAGAACAAGGAUAUCGGCGGUAACUUGAAUCGUAUUAUCGGUUUCAAACAGUUUGAGGAAUGGCUUCGUCUCAUCCAAUCCCAGAUGACUCGACUCACCGACCAAUUCAACCGAUUGCUGACACCCCGUGAGGGCCGUCUCGAGAACAAAGAGUUGGCAAUUGUCAAACAAACCGUCAAUGAUAUCGACUCAUCAAUUACACUGUUGAACGGCCAGUUGGCCCGAAAUGCCGGCGCACUGCAGGCCAACAACGACCAGAAUCGCGACUUUUCUCUAUCGAGAGUACCGUUUCUCGAACAGAUCGAAGAGAUGCUCAAAUUGGUUCAGAAACAGAUCACUGAUGUGUCUACAACUGUCACCCGAGCGCUGACCGGCGGUCUCGAUCUCAAGGGUACCACUGCUGACGAAAUGAACAAAGCUGUCGACGGCUCAGUCAUGUCUCAGGUGCCGUUCCUCAAGGAGUUCGAAGAAUAUCUGGAACUGUUCCAGAAACAGAUCAACCGAUUCGGUGGAACCGUCCAACGGAUCAUUCAAGGAGGACAACGCAAAGAUUAG